AUGUCGCCGCGAAUCGAGAGACUUGCGAUAAGCCUUCUUAGAUAUCAGUUCACACUUUCGUUCGUUCCGGGAAAGUGCCUUCAGGUACCAGAUGCGCUUAGUUGUGACCCCACAGACGAAAUUAUUAAUACCGAAUACUUGGAUUCUAAGUUCAAAUUGUUUUCUGUUAUAGCAGUUAAACCUGAAACGGAAAACAAAAUAAAGGAGGCUGUUCAUGCCGACCCUAUAUUAGUUGAAAUUAAAAAUUAUGUAUUGCACGGAUGGCCCAAACAUCAAAUACAAGUUUCUGACGGUGUGAAGCAGUAUUGGCCUGUGCGAAAUGAUAUCUACACAUCUCCACGAAAACCUACUUUUUACCAAAAGCGGCUAAUUUUACCUGCAAGUCUUAGAAAUGAGUUUCUAAAUUUAAUCCAUAAAUACCAUCAAGGUGUGAAUGCCUGCAAGAAAUUGGGCCAGGAUGCCAUCUAUUAUCCAGGAUGGUCAUCAGACAUCGAAAAGAUGGUUCUUGGUUGUCAGUUGUGUCAAUCGUAUGCCAAGUCAAAUGCGAGAGAACCACUGUCUCCACAUGACGUACCUGACCGACCUUGGCAAAAAAUUGCCAUUGACUUUAAAGCACUAUUCUCUCAAGAUUUCCUAGUUGUAGUAGUAGUUUUAAAUAUUUUUGCAAUUAAUGGAUUGCCUGAAGAAGUAUUUUCCGACAAUGGACCUCCGUUCAAUUCAUGGGACUUUAUAGAAUUUGCAAAUAGGUAUGAUAUAAAGUUAACUACAUCUAGUCCUCGAUAUCCGAGAUCUAAUGGAAUGGUUGAGAGAACAGUACAGACUGUAAAAAGUCUUUUAACAAAGUGUCUCCUAGAAAAAGAAGAUCCAUUCGCCGCCAUAUUAAAUUAUAAUGUUACUGCCAAACAAAACUUACCUUCUCCUAGUGAGCUGCUGAUGGGAAGAAGAUUAAGGACAUCUUUACCCGUUAGUUGUAAACUUCUCGAGCCUAAGUUCCCAAUUCGAGGUAGUAAGGAUCAGCUAAAACUUCUACAAGAAAGGCAAAAGGCGUACUAUGACGUCUCAACGAAAAAGCUGUAUGAGUUGGAGCCACAACAAGACGUUUUCGUUCAAGAAGGUAUACGUAAUUGGAAACCUGGCGUUGUAAUGAAGAAAUCAGGCCCUAACGACUACAUUGUUCGCAUAGGUGAAGCGGAUUACCGGCGGAAUAGGCAACAGAUCAAUCCCAGACGGAUGAGCGAAGAAACUCUGAAGUGCGAACCUGAAGUGAAAGUGGGCACUACUUCCAGUGAGACAAACCCGAUUGUGACGAGUGACUAUUAUACCAGAAGUGGCAGACUUGUUAAAAUACCAGACCGAUUAAUAAUGUAA